AUGUCUUCGCGACGGGAGCUCAACAGCAGCGAUGAAUCAGCCUCGUCCAUAUCACGAGACGCUAGAAUUGCUCGGCUCUACCUAGAGGCCACAGAGCUCGGACUUAUGCCGCAAUCAGAGAUUCUCAAACGAGCGCUCAGUGUAGAAUCCGUCAUUUCGACAACCUCUUCCUUCAGCCGUCGGUCUCAAAGCGCGCGUUUUCGUUCCGAACUGCAAAAAAUCAAUCAAAUCGGGAGUGGCCUACAAGGAGCCAUUUUUGAAGUUGUUGGACAGGCGCUCGUUCUCAAGAAAGAAUAUCCAGGCAAUGAAACACAAUCCUCAAAUCUCCGGCACGAGUUUUUAGUCCACCGCGCUGUCUCGGCUGCAUUUGAUCAAUACAAGCAUGCGACACACAGCCUGGUCCACGUCCCCAAACCUCACGAGUUCAUCUCCAGAACAGAAAAUCACACAUUCUGGGAUGAAGUCCUUCCGAAAAUGCCCCCGGCCUACCGCACACGCGGGGACGUCGUCAAAAUGGACCGGAUUCUUCCAUUGCCGAAGGUUGUACGAAAAGCCCUUAUUACUCAUAUCUAUAGUCGCGAUCGAAAUCCUGACACCGCUGAUAUUGAGACCCUUCUCAACGAGCCGGAAAACAAGCACUGCCUCGCCCGGAUCUAUUUGGGCCAGAUUAUCGGUCCGAUGAAUCUUGACAACGCAGCCCCGCUUAGGAAUUUCCCUCUCUACCUCGGGUUUAUGGAGGAACUUGGCGUCAAUGCCGUCGCGCUUGCGAAUGAAAUGGGAAAGGCAUAUGCAAUCUUACACUGGGGUGCCGGCAUAAACGGUGAUGAUGUAGAAUUCGUGCUUGGGACAUCGGCCAUAGACGCGCCGACGGCUCUUGUUGAGCCGCCGGACUUGCAGCGCCGCGCCGUUGGCCUCUAUCUCUUGGAUUUUGGGCAAUGCGAGGUGCUCGACUUGGCCCAGGAUUGUGAUGUCGUUUACCAGGCCUUUAAAGGGGCUAUGGUAACGGCGGUUCAUCCCGCUUUACUCAAAUUGUUCGCGGCCUUCAAGAAUGGAUACAUUGAUGCAGGUAAUGUCGUUCUAUGGCAAAAGCAGCUCAACGACAAGUUCUGCAUGGUAGACUUCAUGCAGGAGUACGAGGAGUAUGCGGAGGACUUUUUGUAUUAG